AUGUCCAACCUCUUCUCUGGCAUCAACGCCCGUUUUCGGGGCACCAAGUCUCCCGGCCCGGGCAAGAGCCCAACCAGCGCUGGCCACCCACCCGUCUCUCCUCUGAGCUUGGACAGGUCUCACAGUAGCCAGUCGCCCGUCUCAGCAGGUCUGUCUGCUAAUCUUCCACCUCUGCCCAAGUCUCCCUCUCUGGCGCAAACGAUUGCGAUGGACGAGCAGAGCGGUUUGAUGGCCAGUGGUCAUGAUGCCCUCGAAUCUUAUCAUCUCCCUCGGCCCAUGCCUCUCUGGCUGAACCCGAACUAUGCCAAGCAUAUCGUCAAGGGCAACUUCAUGACCCUGAGCGCUAGACCGAAGACCGUUGAGCAAGGGGAGUGGAUCGCUCAUCAAGUAAUUGAACACUACCGCAACCUUUGGAACUUCGUUCGCGUCAUUCAUGAGAAGGAAGAAGAUGGGUCAUCCCUCUGCAAUCCGAAUAAUUGCCCUCGCAUGUCUGCAGGCCAGAGCCACUCUUUUACGUGGCUUAACAGUCGCAGAGAGCCCGUGGAGCUUCCUGCUUAUGAGUACAUCACGCUUAUGCAGCGGUGGAUAUCCGGCAAGAUUGACGACACGAGAAUCUUCCCCACUGAGGCUUCUGGAGUCUCCUACGCACACAAUUCGAACAUCACCACCACUCCGUUAUCCCAAUUGACGAAUCCCGGGGAACCUGAUUGGGUCGGCAAACGAUCUGGAUUUCCCCAGAAUUUCGUUGAGGUCUGCCAGACCAUUUUCCGCCAAAUGUUCCGCGUCUACUCACACCUGUACUGGGCUCACUUCGUUGAGCCUUUCUAUCACCUGAACCUUGAGAAACAGCUCAACAGCUGUUUCAGCCACUUUAUUCUGACCGCCACCGCGCUGGAUAUGCUCAAACCACACGAGCUUGAGCCCAUGCAGCCAUUGAUCGAUCUUUGGGCUGCGAGUGGCACGUUCCCGCCUGAGUCCAAGGCUUACGAGUAUGCCAACCUGAUCUGCGGUCAGAAGCUGCUUCAGCUCGGUAACGCCUCCUGA